AUGCAGGUGACAUUCUGCAGACUUUGGACUCACCAGUGGUGUUUCAUUCUGUUUAAUGUCAUCCUAUUUCACGCCUUACUUUUUGGGGCUGAUUUUGUGGAAGAAUACUUUCUGCAUGCUUUGCCUUAUGUAGAUAUGAAGGUUCUUGAAAUUAAGGAUAAGGCAAGAAAAUUGAACAUGGUGCCUCUAAGAAGUAAUCUUUCCAAAUAUUAUAUCCUGAGCCCAUCAGAGGUGUGUAAAGGGAAGAACAUAUUUUUGCUCUCUCUCAUCUUCAGUAGCCCAGGAAAUGGAACAAGGCGGGACCUCAUCAGGAAAACCUGGGGUAAUGUGACCAGUGUCCGAGGGCACCCCAUUCUUACACUGUUUGCUUUGGGAAUGCCUGUUUUGGUAACUACUCAGCAAGAGAUAGACAAAGAGUCACAUAAGAAUAGUGAUAUAAUUGAAGGAAUCUUCUUGGAUAGUGCUGAGAAUCAAACCCUGAAGAUCAUCACAAUGACGCAGUGGGCUGUGACUUUCUGCCCUAAUGCCCUGUUCAUUCUCAAGGUUGAUGAGAAGAUGUUUGUUAAUUUACCAAGCUUGAUAGACUAUCUUCUCAAUCUGAAAGAACACCUUGAAGAUGUCUAUGUAGGAAGAGUUAUCCAUCAGGCUACACCCAACAGAGACCCUGAUAGUGAAGAAUUUGUCCCUCUUAGCGAGUACCCAGGAAAGUAUUACCCAGAUUAUUGCAGUGGUGAGGCCUUUAUUAUGUCCCAAGAUGUGGCUCGGAUGAUGUAUGUGGUGUUUGAAGAAGUACCAAUUAUGGUGCCUGCUGAUGUGUUUGUAGGAAUUUGUGCCAAGUCCAUUGGCCUUAUACCCAUCCACAGUUCAAGGUUUUCUGGGAAAAAGCACGUCAGAUACAACAGAUGUUGCUAUAAGUUCAUUUUCACAUCCUCAGAAACUACAGAUGCCGAAAUGCCUCUGGCAUGGAAGGAAACUAACAAUGGGAAAGAAUGCACACCUUUUGAGACUUACUAUGGGCUCAUUUCCUGCAAACUUCUGACAUACCUUGACAGCUUUAAACGUUUUCACAUGGGUACCACAAAAAACAAUGCCGUGUAUUUUAGUGAUUAG